AAAUUUAAAUUUUCUCAUCUAUUUAUCAAUUUCUUUCCAACUAUUUUCCAUGCAUUUUCACCAUGUCCUCUCCUAUUUUAACCACCCCUAAUCUUAGCUCACAACUAAAUUUACUGAGCUCGAGAUGGCACGUCAUCAUCGGAAACUUCUUUUUUACAGCCACAAUUUACAAAACGGAAUAACAAAAUAUCCUUAACAAUGGCUAUUCUGUUCAUCAUAAUUUGCUUAAUUUCUAUUAUAGUUCUCACCGAAUUUCCUCUCCAUUCCCACGUCCGAAUUCUAGAUGCAAUCUUCAGUUUAUUCUAUUGCUGUUCUUCUCUGAUAUUGUGUAAACUCAACCGGAAUCUCAAGUCAUUAAUGAAGGGCUUGUCGCCGUCUCGACCGCAAGGCGAGACCAAACCGCCGCCCGGACACGGCCAUCGAGGCCAUAGAAUCAAAACCUCCAAUGGAGAUAGUAAUAGUAUGUAUCAAAGUAUUGGAAGUAGCGGGCAAGAUUAUAAUUUCUUGAACUUUGACUCGGGAUCUUCUGUUAAUGAUCAAGUUACGUCCCCGUUGACUAAAUCUCCAUGGUCGUCUCAGACAAAUCUUGAUGAGUAUGAUAAAGAUGAGAAAAUUAAUCAAGAUUUUUCACCUAAUGUACUUAUGGGUUCGUUAGUGCGUGAAGAAGGGCAUAUUUAUUCAUUGUCAGCAAAUAAGGAGCUUCUGUAUACCGGUUCGGACAGCAAGAAUAUUCGUGUCUGGAAGAAUCAGAAGGAGUAUUCCGGGUUUAAAUCGAACAGCGGGUUAGUUAAAGCGAUUGUAAUAACCGAAAACGGGAUAUUCACCGGUCAUCAGGAUGGUAAAAUCAGACUAUGGAAAAUUUCGACCAAGAACCAAACCGUUUAUAGACGAGUUGGUAGUUUACCGAAGUUUACGGAUUACUUAAAAAGCUCGAUCAAACCGAGUAAUUACAUAGAAGUUCGACGAAACAAAAACGCGGUUUGGAUUAAACAUUUCGACGCUAUUUCGUGUCUGAGUUUAAGCGAGGAUAAAUUGCUUCUUUACUCUGCUUCGUGGGAUAAAACGUUUAAAGUGUGGAGAAUUUCGGAUUGGAAAUGUCUCGAAUCGGUCGUUGCUCAUGACGAUGCAUUGAAUUCGCUUGUGAACGGAUUGGAUAAUUUGGUUUUUACGGGCUCUGCGGACGGGACGGUUAAGGUUUGGAGAAGAGAGACGCAAGGAAAAGGAACGAAACAUUAUUUUUCUCAAACAUUGUUGAAACAAGAUAGUGCCGUUACGGCAUUGACGAUUAAUCCUGAAUCGACGAUUAUUUAUAGUGGCUCGUCCGACGGGAUUGUUAAUUAUUGGGAAAAGAAUCGGCAAUUAGCGCACGGGGGUAUUCUAAAAGGGCAUAAGCUGGCGGUUCUUUGUUUAGCAACAGCGUCGAGUCUUGUGUUUAGUGGCUCGGCCGAUAUGGGAAUAUGCGUGUGGAGAAGACUAGGCGGCGAUCAUAUAUGGUUGUCGUUGUUAACGGGGCAUACGGGGCCGGUUAAGUGUUUGGCGACGGAGAAAGGUCCGGAAUCAGAGGCUGGUGAGGCGCGGUGGACUUUGUAUAGUGGUAGUCUUGAUAAGUCGGUGAAAAUGUGGCGCGUGUCUGAGAAUGCCCCGCCGAUGGUUUGGAACGGGUGUGCUAGUUCUAUGCCCGUGUCGAUACCGUCGUUCUGAAUUUAAUUUCAUGGUAGAAUCGGUGAAGUAAGGAAUUGAAAUGAAUUUAUGAUAUAGAAAAAAGUUGAUGAAUUGAUGUAUGAAUUUUAUCAUUUUACAUUCACAAUUCCAUCGUUAAAAAAAAAGGAGCUGUGACCAAUCAUUGUAUUCAUCCCAAAUUUCAUAGUAUUAUCAUUAAUUUGUUACAAUGUUUUUACAA